AUUUAUUCAUUUUCCAGUAAUCCUUGAAAGCAGAACUUGCAAUGGAAUGAUUUGGUGCAAGAUUUUUUUUCAAGGGAUCAAGAUGCCUAAAACCUACGUUGUUCACCUUGGAAAUAGCAAAGAGCUAGUGGAAGUUGCAGAAGACAGUGUUGCAAAAAGGGUUUUGCGUGAACAUGUUCGCGAGUCGCUCGGAGUUCGAAAUGAAGAUAUACUAUUCGCUCUCAUAAAUAGCGUGUCUCGUGGAAAGGGUCAAGACUUGUUUUUGCACUCCUUCUAUGAGAGCUUGCAACUGAUUCAACAUAAGAAGAUGCAAUUGCCUUCUGUCCACGCUGUUGUUGUAGGAAGUGACAUGACUAGUCAAAGCAAAUUUGAGAUGGAACUUAGGAACUUUGUACAACUUAAGAAGAUCGAAAGCCAUGUUCAUUUUGUCAAUAAGACUUUGACUGUUGCACCAUAUCUUGCUGCUGUUGAUGUGCUUGUGCAAAAUUCUCAGGGCCGGGGAGAAUGUUUUGGUAGGAUUACCAUUGAAGCGAUGGCUUUUCAGCUUCCUGUGUUGGGAACAUCAGCUGGCGGUACACAAGAAAUUGUUCUGAACAAGACAACUGGUUUGCUACACCCUGUUGGAAAAGAGGGCAUAAUGCCUCUUGCCAGAAACAUGGUCAACCUUGCCUCUCAUGUUGAGAGGAGGCUCACGAUGGGUAAGAAAGGCUACGAGAGGGUAAAACAAGUGUUUCUGGAGCGUCACAUGGAAGAGCGAAUUGCUUCCGUUUUGCAGGAUGUGCUUCAGAGGGCAAGAACGCCGCGCGCUCUGAGUGUAAAGAGAGUAAAUUAAGAGCACACAGGUUGUAGUUGUAGGCUUUCUUUAAGGGCAGAUGAUUGAUAUUUUAUGCUUGCUGAUUUGUAUAGACUGUUAAAUGGCAUUUUUCUGGAAACCGAAAUAUAAACUGACCAAUUCU